UUCAUUUCUACCGCGUGCGCGUUGUCUGGAACACUAUCAACGAAUCCAAGAUGUUCUGUCUUCUUCUAAGCCUCAUCGGGGCUCUCCUCGUCUCGAUGCCCGGCGCUCUGGCUGGGCAAUACGUCGAACUUGGAAGUAUUCCCGCUGACUACGCUGCCUUCUCGUCUGUUCAUCACAAUUCGAAUCCUGACUUGUACGAUCUCUCACUGAGUACAUUCAACCCAACUCCUUUGUCUACAGAUGUUGUGUACGUGAUUAGAGACAUCGGUGGCCAGCUGGCCUCAAGAGGAGCCAACAAUCUGGAAAAAGAAAUACUCGUUGAUGGUCUGCUGUGGCCAAACGAAGUUGAGCCCGUUCCUGAGGAUGUUUUUGGAAAGGAUAUGUACUGGUGGGUAGCAAACGGAUUCCUCGUCCCGACCAAGCAAGCCGGAAGUGUUGGACUCAUAGAGGCACACCAAGACACGUCAGCGGAUCCCGCUCCCUACCACGACCUUACCAGUGGAUCUACCAGUGAGAAUUGGUGGUAUCAUCGUGUAUACUUCGUCGAUGUUGACGGUGACGGCAGGAAAGACAUACUCACAGCUCGGGCUGACACCUCCGAUAUGAGCAACGUCCUUGCGGAGAUGGUUUAUUUCAAGCAGCCGAGCCGUAAUGCUAUCACCAGUCAAUGGGCUGUAGAACCACUAUUCGAGGGACCGGAUGCCCUGUUCCGCUAUGAAGAGCUAGAGAUGUCCUCCUCAGUCACUCGGCAUGCUAUCUUCAGCUGCCAGUACUUCGCUGAGAAACUGGUCGUGUCAUGGUCCGAUGCUUCGGGCUCCACUGGACCAGACUUUAAGAACAUGGAGAGUCGCGUGAUCGAAGCGAUAACUGAUUAUCGUUACUUCGAUGCCGAGAUCGUCGACAUCAACGGGGAUGGCAAUCUGGAUCUCCUGGUCUCGAUCAAUAGCAUGACAAACGGUCAGGUGGUGGUUUAUGAGAUGCCCGAUGACUGGGCUACAGGUACGUGGACCAGACACCUGAUAGCUGAGGGGUUCAAGCCUCAUGGUCGGAUCGUGACAGAGGGCAUGGGCUCACCCGGUACUACCUUUACAUUCAGACCAAACCUGAAAGAAAGCGCUAGCAAUAAGCCCCAAAUCAUGCUGACGGGUGAUGACGACAGUACCAUCUAUGUCUUCGAAGCCGAGAGCGAUUCCAACUCAAACAACUGGAGUUACACCCAGACCGCCAUCUUCGAGGCCGAGAGCGGGACCGUUGGCGCCCCAUCGGUCCGCGACGUCGAUGGCGAUGACUAUGUCGAGGUCUUCGUACCAGCAUACUCCGACGGCAGUCUUCAUGUCCUCACGUAUACGCCGUAAAGAUACGGGGGAACAACGCCCAUGUCGAAUACAUCAUCAUGAUAGGGAUAAAAAGUACUAAUUGGGGUAGAAUUGAGCGAUAAUAAUGGUGACAUAAACUCAUACAUACAUAAUAGUGAGUAAAUUACUUGACCACAAUUUGACCAUGAAUUCCUGCAUGCAUGAUUAUGAUGUAGAUUAAUUUGACCAUGAUUGAAACUCCGAUUUAAAGCUUCAUGUGGUCUGCAGAUGAAAAUUUAUCAAAAGCAACCAUUAAUUUGAUGCACUUAUAUGCGCAGAUUACAUGACGAGUAUGAAUCAAUAAAUUCCAAACCGGAUGAAUAAUAAAUGGUGAAAUCAUCUGAAAUAAUUGUAAAUUCUUUUCCUAUAGUGAUUAAACGCAUUGAAUGCAGAGAAUACGUCUUAGUAUGUAUUAUUUAAGGAAGCAACAACGGCAUUCUUUUUUCUUUUUUUUUCCAAGGAUAAUGAUUGAACAUAACCUGUACGAUUUUGUUCCUGAUUUGAAAAUACAAGUACAACAUUGACACAUCAAA